UUCGUUUGUGAAGGUAGCGUGAGCGACGUCCUGACGUACCGUGUACGUGAUCUCUUGAAUAGAAACAAACAUGGCGCCGCAAAAGUGUUUGAAAAUAUGAUGAUCGUCUUAUGGCUGAAAGAACCGUUCCGAGUGUCGCAGACGGAUGAGGAAGAGGAGGACAUCAGUGUUCGUUAUCAGUUACGUGAGCUGAAACCAGGAUGGCUCUGAGAAAACAGCUGAGCAGGAACAUCUUCUCAGACGACCAACAAACAGAAGAAAACACUCAGGAGGACGAAUCUGCUGAUGACGGGGACAGUGGGAAAGAGUUCACUUCUUUACUUCUGGCAAAGUCACCGGCAAGAGAGAGACGCCGGAAUGAGAGAGCAAACAAACCCAAAGAGGAGAUGACGGAGGAGGAGAUGAUGGACCUCGCUCUUCGUCUGAGUGAAAAGGAAGCCAGCGAUGUCGCGUUCCAGCAGGAGCAGGAGAAGGAGGCUGUGAUGAAGGCCAUCCAGGAAAGCAUGGUCGGACAGACGCAGCCGUGCCUCAACUCCCCGAGUAAAACGGAUCGCUCCCACAGGCUCAGCUGUCGACGGAGGCUCUCGUACAGGGAGGGGCUGUCCGCCGUCGAUCCGGGAGCGCCAGUGGACGGCUGCACAGCUGAAAACGACCUGAAGUCAGAAACAAAAGGACCCGGAGACGAAAAUGUUAGUAAAAAGCGGAAAAGGAGUGCAGGAAGUCCUGAACUGGAGGUGCCGCCCUCGUUCCAGAGUCAGGAUUCUCCCUGCAGCUUGGAGUCUCUCCCUGCUCCUCUCCACUCCCCACAGAGCUCAGACUCCACCCAGAUCGACGACGCUCACCUCCAGAAGUCCCCCGUCUUUGCGCUAACCGGACGCAACGUAGCGCUCCACAUCGACCGCCUCAAACAGGAACUGGUGGACACCUGCAGGAGCUCCGGUUUUGUCCUGUGCUCUCAGGACAGUUUGACCAUAUCUGAAAAGUCUGCUCAACCCAGGAGCCCCACGUUUCCCCGAAGCAACCCCACCUCGUUUCCCAAAAGUCCUUUUUUCUCAAAGAUGGUCCAGGGAGAGGACGGAGAGACUGAGCCGAGUCCUGAGUUUAGCAGCAAGGGGGCGUCUCCAAGCGCCUGCGGACUUCCCAACUGGGAAACCGCAGUGUUCGGAUUCUCCUCCCAGGACAGUUUAACCCCCUCUGUGGCAUCCUUUUGCCCCAAGAGCCCAGUGUUCCCCCGAAGCCCCAAUCCCCCCAACGCCCCACUUCUCUUAGAGGGACUGUCAGCCUCCAGAAGCAACGGCCGAAGGAGGAGGAGGUGGAACGACGAGCCUCCCAUGAGCCCGGUGUUUGGAAAAACUCCGUCCGUCACAAAUGUGCAGGAGAAGUCUCUGAAUCCUUCAGCUGCAGGUUGUAACCGCGAGGAGGAGCUGCACCACUGGCAGAUGAAGGAUCCAAAGCCCGAUGGAAGUCCACGUCCCUCCAGAUCUGAAGAGCUGAAUCUAAAAGCCCAGACGUCCGCCGAGUCGGAGCCGCCAAGCCAGAUGGCGUUAGUCUGGUCGGACGAAGACGAGCAAGACGAAGCAGAUCAAACAUUUCUCGUCAGUCCCGUCUUCCCAGAGGAGAGAGCUGCUCCUCAGGCAGAACACCGGACGGCCUCCCAGAACCACAAAGCUGCAGGUUCUCCGGGGGAACCUGGGCCGGACUCCAGUCAGGAAACGGGGAAACGUGAUUUGGAACUCCACAAACGCACGUUGCCAUCCACAUCCACCAGCAGGCUGCAGAUUUCCAUCACAGAAGAAGAACUUUCUCCCACCAGCAGACAGGAAGCGGCUGGCAACACCCCCCCACCCGAGGAGUCCUUAAACCAGCCGACCAUCCACUACUACUGGGGGGUUCCCUUCUGUCCUCAAGGCCUGGACCCAGACAGAUACACUCAGGUGAUCGUGGCCCAGAUGGAGGUUUAUGAGAAGAGUCUGAAACAGACUCAGAGGGUUCUGCUCAGGAAGGCUGAGUGGGGGGAGGGCAUCCAGCCGCAGUCGGAGAAGUCGCCGUCGCCCGAUGCACCGACGCCGUCUCCUCAGCCUCAGGUUCCACCGAGAAGAGGACUCCGACGGAGAGGCAGAAAAAGGAAUGACGCAGUCGAGGAAGAAGAGAAUGAAGAGAAGAACGAUGGUGAUGAAGAGCAGAUGGAGACCGAUGACUGUGAUGUUUGUCCAGAAACACAGCUGAGCGACGACGGCACUCAAGACCUGAUCGUGGUCACCGAUGGAGCAGAAGAGACGCAUGCUGAGCUGCAAGAGGGAGAGGCGAUCCCCCAAGAGGGUUCUCCCAUUAGGGAUGAUCUGGGUGAGGACGAGGAGGACGGAGGAGAGGAAAUGGGAGUGGCGACGUGCACGAAGACGAAGGAGAACAUCUCGGGCUGCAGCAGCUGGACUCUGAGAGAUGAAAAGGAAGUAAAGGGGGACAGGAGGGACAUGGAGGAGACGAAGGACCGAGGGAUCCAAAGAUCAGCGUCUCCUGAGCUGGAGUCGGCAGUCGUCCCUCGCAGCCCCACGGCGUCCGUGGAUUGUCCCAUCUGCCAGGCGUCGUUCCCUGCGAGCGAGAUCGAGAUGCACGCGGCGUACUGCGAUGGCGAGGUGGCCGUCGUAGGUGAGAGGAGAGUCGGAGGAGGCCGUUUCCAAGAAGUGGCGACUCUUCGCAGAAGGAAGAGGAGAGCAGGGAAGACGGCUGAAGAGACCAUCAGGAACCUGGAGAAGUGUUACAUCUGCCAGAAAGUCGUUCCUCUGAGCGAUUACAGCCAGCACACGGAGCUCUGCUGCCUUCGUCCCACCUCCAGGACGCCAGCGAAGGGGAACCUGCUGUCGGCUCUGAAGCAAACAGAAAAAAGGGAUUCAGUUGCUGGACCUUCUGGAUCCAAACUCCAACCUCAAGCUGUGAUCGACCUGCGGGAGGAUGAUGAUGAUGAGGAGGAGGAGGAGGAGGAGGAGGAGGCUGCAGAGUUCCGGAUCCGUGACUCUCCCAUCAGAUUCUAUACUUCCAUCUCCGAAGCCACCGGGUGCCUUAUCGACUUCAAGAAACAGCAGCGUUCCAAGAAGCCGAGUCAGAAGCGAAGAUGACGAGUCCCGUGUGAAAGUCCUGAGCCUUAACCUGAACCCGGAUCAGCCGGCACGUCGUUCUGGUGACACCUCCUGGACCUGAGGAACCCGAACGGAGCGCUUGAAUGUUAGAGGAAAACUGUUGAAGCCACUAACACUGAUUGACUACCUCCUCUUCAUCACACCAUUCCCUUCAUGUUACUGUAGCUUUGAUGAAACCAUCAGGACCGCGCAUCGACCAGAACCAGAACCUCUCACUGGUGCCGCCUAGUUUUAAAAUAGCUUAAAAGUGAUUAUUCGAAAAGAGUAAAUCAGAUCUCAUUUACUGACACCAGGUGAAAUAAAAAUGGUUUUACUGAUGGAUGUUUACGGAUCUUACAUCUGGUUUAAAACCUGAAGUGAUGGAUCAGGAGUCCAGGCGGUGCUUUUCAGAAGUUUUUAAGAGAAAAACAUUCAGAUAAGUGGCUCAAAAGCACUGAAAAGCAAAGAAGUCUGUGGGAGUUUAUGCAGAUAUAUUUGAACUGUUUAUGUAGUAAUUUCACUAAAAGGAAGUAAAGAAGGAGCUUAAGUUCUAGAUGAUGAUAUCUGUUUAACUUACGGUUUGUAUGGAUCUGUCACCAUUAGGUCAAAGAGCCAUUUAACCUUUUACAAAUGACCUGCUGCUGCAUCAUGUCCUGUUUUUAUUUGAUUUUUUAUGAGUUUGUCACGAAGACAAUUAUAAACCGUCUAUUUCUAUAACUGAAAAUUCACUUCCUUGUUCAGGACAUCAAUAGAAAAAUGGAAAAAGCAUCUCGACCUUUUGUUAAAAGUGAAACCCAGAAUAUGGAGCACCAAAAGUGCCACGGUACAAUAAAUAAAGCACCAAAUCUUUUUUCAUUUCAA